AUGCAGUCCACCGGGAGCGAGGAGGCGGAGAGGGAGCCGGAGGAGACAGGGAGAUGGAGGUCAAGGAGCGGGCUUCUCUGGUCCCCAUCCCACGAAGAGACGCUGCGUUGGAUCCCUCCGCCCACCGGCCUGACCCCUGGACCAACUCACUAUGCCCUGGCCAGGAUAACUUCCAUUAUUUCUACGAUGGAUCUUUUCCUUACCGAGGAGGUGAUCCAGAUGGUCAUGGGCAUGACCAACCUGCACGGGAGGCGCACAGUGCAGGACUGGAAAGACGUUGACGAGACGGAUAUCAGGGCUACCAUCGAGCUCCUGCUCCUAUCAGGAGUAUUCCGGUCGCGGAGCGAAUCCCUGCAGAGCCUCUGGGACGAGGAGACGGGGAGGCCGAUUUUCCGGGCCACUAUGUCCCGGGGCCAAUUUUCCAGGAUCCUAGCAAACCUCCGCUUUGAUGACAAACUCAACCGGCGGAGGAGGAGGGGAGACAAAUUUGCGCCCAUACGCGCCCUCUGGGACAAGUGGACCGAGCGCCUCCCUAUGCUGUUUAAUCCCGGCUGGGAUGUCUGUGUGGACGAGCAGCUGGUUGCCUUCAAGGGUCGCUGCAGUUUCAGGCAGUAUAUGCCUAUGAAACCAGCAAAAUACGGCCUGAAGAUUCGGACAUUAUGUGAUGUAGCAACCUCUUAUGCCUGGCGAAUGCAGCCGUACACCGGCAAGGCGGCUGGGGCAGCAGCGGAGGUUGGCCAGGGCAAACGGGUGGUGCUGGAUAUGGUGGAGGGGCUCCAGGGUCACACCGUCACGUGUGAUAAUUUAUUUUCCUCCAGCUCACUUGCCGAGGAGCUGUUGAAGAGGAAAGUGGCCCUGGUGAGCACCAUAAGGAAAUGUAAACCGGAGCUGCCCCCUGCGCUGUUGGAGACACGGGGACGCGCCGUAACGUCUUCCGGAUUCGCCUUCACCCGGACCCAGAGCGCCGUCUCCUAUGUGCCGAAGCGGGGCAAAUUGGUGCUCCUACUCAGCACAAAACACCGGGAGCCGGAGCUUUCCACCGGGGCGAAGGCGAAGCCCGUGGUCAUCCUGGACUACAACAGAUGUAAGGGAGCGGUAGACAACCUUGACAAGGUUGUCGGCACCUACAGCUCCCGACGGAAGUCUCGUCGGUGGCCGAUGGCAAUCUUCAAUCACAUCCUUGACAUCUCAGCGUGGAAUUCGCUAGUUCUGUGGACCGCUGUGCAACCGGAAUGGAACAAGCAGCGCCCAGAUCGUAGAAGGCUGUUCCUGGUGAAGCUUGGGAAGGCUCUAGUAACGCCCCACAUGUCCAGAAGAUGUGCCAUCCCCCGCACACCUGUAGCUGCCUUGAUGGUUGAGUCUUGCAGACCUCCACCAGCAACAGAGGAGGAGGCGCAGCCAGUCCCAGAAGGAGUCAGCAGAAAGGUUUGGGAGCUGGUGAAUGCCAUGCACCAGGAUGAGGUUGCAGUCAUCAUCAAAGAGGAGAAGACCUCCCUCCCCUCCCUGGUCCCUCUCAUCUCUGCCAUCAUCCACUCCUCUCUCACCACUGGAACUGUGCCUACAUCCUUCAAAACUGCUGCCAUUACCCCAAUCCUGAAAAAAACUGGCGCCGACCCCUCCAACUUCAACAACUUCCGUCCUAUCUCCAAUCUACCCUUCAUCUCCAAAAUCCUGGAAAAAACAGUUGCCUCCCAACUCCACUCUCACCUAACCCACAAUAACCUGUAUGAACAGUUCCAGUCCGGUUUCCGCCCACUCCAUAGCACUGAAACAGCACUCCUUAAAAUCACUAACGACCUCCUUGUGGCAGCUGAUUCUGGACUCCUCACCAUCCUCAUCCUCCUCGACCUAAGUGCAGCCUUCGAUACCAUCUGUCACACCACCCUCCUCACUAGGCUAUCCUCCAUUGAGACACCUCAGAAGUCCAUUCUGAUCUGGCCCAAGGACUUUCCCCCCUGGAGCAAAAGUUGUGUCAGCACUUUCAGCGAAUCGAAACCUGAAGCAGAAACUCACCUGAGGGGAUCGGACGCAAUCAGACAGAUUGCAAAAGAAUGUGGAGCCAAACAUCCAGAAACUCUUUCCUCAACAAAGCUGAGGAAGCAGAUCUCCACCCUCUCCACAGUCCUCAACCUAAAGGAUCAUGAGAUGGAUGUACUGGCAAAUUUCCUCGGCCACGACAUUCGAGUCCACAGACAGUAUUAUCGACUACCUGAAGGAACUCUGGAGUUGGCUAAAAUAGCAUAA